UGUGAUCCCUUUUUUUUUGUCCAUCAACUUUAUGGAUGGAUAAAAUUACAGGUGAGCUUGUUCGCGGCAUCGUUGAAGCCGGGAAGAAGGCAGGCCAUGCUAUAUGUGGUGGGCAUAUAAGUGGGAUGUUCGGGUUUUUCUUCACAGAAGGACCUGUUUACAAUUUUGCAGAUGCCAAGAAGAGUGAUACGGCCAAGUUUGCAAAGUUCUAUUGGGGAAUGUUAGCAGAAGUUGUCUAUUUGGCUCCUUCACAGUUUGAGGCUGGGUUCACCAGCUUGGCGCAUAGCCCUGAUGACAUAGAAAAGACAAUAGCAGCUGCAGAGAAGGUUUUCAUGGAGAUCUGAAUGUUAACUUAGAGUUUUAGAUGAUUUUUAUCUUAUUGCUGCAUUUAUUUAACCUGUAUCAUUUUGGAUCUUGUAUCCACUCAGUGUAUUAUUAUUAUUAUUAGUAGCUGUAAAGCCGAGUGAAUUUUAAGUCUGUAACUAUUUGAGUUCAUGGUCUUUCCUCUUCAUACAAUCUCCAUUCAAGCAUUUGUUGCUGUUUUUCAGGAGGGGGAGACUCGCAUAAAAAUGGCAAAAACAAUUUUUUUUUUUUUGUAGUUGCUGAUGUGUUACUCUGUGAUUGGUUAUUUAUGUUAUAUUUUGUAACUUCUCUUUGUAACAAAAACUACAACCAAAAUAUAUAUUAUUAGAGAUGUCAACCAACUAUUUUAAUGGUGUAUGCAUGGAGAUGUGGAACUGUAUUAUGUAAGAUUAUUAUAUAUCCAGGUCGCAUGCAUGGACUUCUUCAAUCAAAAGGAGGGAAGACAUGGUAAAGGAUGAUGACACUAAGAGGCUCUACCAUUUCUACUUUAGCAAUAAUUUUGUAUAUUAUUAAUUUAUUAUUACUA